AUCUCGGCGGCGGCCAUGGCGGAGGGCCCAGAGCCGAAGCGGCGGCGGGCGGAGGCCGGGGCCGGGGCCGGGGCCGAGGCGGGCGCGGAGCCGGGCCCCGGCGCCCCGUUCCCGCUGGGCUCCGUGCGGCUGCGGCGGCUGCUGCGCGACUCGGCGCGGGAGAAGGCGGCCUUCGUGCACGGCCAGGUGACCGGCCCCUCGGGAGAGGACACGGAUGCUGUGCUGAUCCUGGAGAAGACUCCCUUCCAGGAGGAGAAGAUCGAGGAGCUGCUGAAGAAGCACACCAAGCUGGAGCUGCAGAUGUCCAACGACAUCUACAGCACGUACCGCCUCUACCCGCCCCCCGAGCUGAGCGAGAUAAAAACCACAGUGGUGUACCCCGCCACUGAGAAACACCUUCAGAAAUAUCUCCGCCAAGAAGUGCACCUCAUCCGUGAAAGCUGGGAGGAUUACAAGAACAUAACGCUGCCCUUCAUCCAGUCCCAGAGCUUCAGCAUCCAGUGGGUGUAUAACAUCCUGGAGAAGAAGGCUGAGGCUGAUCGGAUCAUCCAUGAAAACCAAGAUCCCCGCAACGGCUUUGUUCUAGUUCCAGAUUUUAAGUGGAAUCAAAACCAGCUGGACGACCUCUACUUGAUCGCCCUCAUUCAGCGCCGGGAUGUGAAGUCUCUUCGGGACCUCACAGGGGAGCACCUGCCUCUGCUGAAGAACAUCCUGCAGGAAGGCAAGGAAGCCAUAGCAAAGCGCUUUGGUGUGCCUGGAUCCCAGCUGCGAAUCUACCUGCAUUACCAGCCCUCCUACUACCACCUGCACGUGCAUUUCACUGCCCUGGGCUAUGACGCCCCGGGCAGCUCCGUGGAGAGAGCCCAUCUCCUGGCAGACGUGAUCGACAACCUGGUGCUGGACUCGGCGUACUACCAGAAACGGGCCCUGACCUUUGCCCUGCGGGCUGAUGAACCUCUGCUUAAGAAAUUCCAAGAAGCAGGAAGAGUGUGAACUGGCAGAGCCAAUGCGGAGUUGCUUUUGUAUCUUUUUAUCCCAAUAAAUGUGUUGUGUCUUUUUUUUUUAAAGGGUUUUGUUGCUUUCUUUUUAUACUUGGGUUUUGUACAAAUUGGGGCCGACAGCCCAUUGCUAUGGAAACUGUUCCUUCUGCUUAUGUCAAUUAAAACCUUGAUUGAGUAA